AUGACGUCAUUAACAGCGCGCCUGAGCAGUGAACGGAAGCAAUUUUUCACUUGGUUGGUGAGGGAACAAUAUCGCAAAAUAUAAAGAAAACCCUGGCUACUGAUUAAAAGAGGAAAGAAUGACUGAUUAAUUCUAAACAUAUCUCCUGUCUCUCUCCGUUAAAACAAAACUUGUCGUCAAUUUAGCUUCCCGUGUUAUCGAUGAGUUGCGAGCUGAAUACAAGCUAACUAGCACUGCCAAUCUUGCAGCUUCUACGCAGUUUUUUUUCAUUAACUGGCCACAUUUCACUGACUAAAUGACUCGCCACGGCAAGAACUGCACAGCCGGAGCCGUCUACACGUACCACGAGAAAAAGAAAGAUACAGCGGCGUCUGGUUAUGGCACACAGAGCAUCCGCCUAGGAAAAGAUGCCAUCAAAGACUUUGACUGUUGCUGUUUGUCCCUGCAGCCCUGCCAGACUCCCGUGGUGACUCCUGAUGGAUUCUUAUAUGAAAAACAAGCCAUUCUUGAAUACAUUCUGCAUCAGAAGACAGACAUUGCUAGAAAGAUGAAAGCAUACGAGAAGCAAAAACAAGCUCAGAAGAAUGACAGUCAGCUUGUGUCCAAGUCAGAGGAACGUGAGAAAGUGGAAAAGUUUAAAAACAGGGAGAACAGCAUCGUUUCUAAACCCAUCAACCCUUUCAUUUCGGGGCAAAGCAAAGUAGGUGACAAAAUCAGAAGGGACAGUAGCUCUUCAGCAUCAACCUCCACUGGUUCAGUGGCCUCCUCCAGCCAGAAUUUGCCCAGCUUUUGGGUUCCUUCUCUGACACCAGAAGCUAAGCCCACCCUUCUCAAGAAACCAAGCAAGACUGUGUUGUGUCCGAUGUCGGGACAGCCAAUUAAGAUGAGCGAUCUGAUUACGGUGCGCUUUACCCCGGUAGACCCAAGCCUGGACCGAGUAGCCCUUAUCAACCGCCAGGACAGGUACGUGUGUGCGGUCACCAAAGAUGUUUUAGGCAACAGCGUUCCCUGUGCUGUCCUGCGACCAUCGGGGUGCGUGGUGACACAGGAGUGUGUGGAGAGACUCAUCAAGAUGGACAUGACUGAUCCUGUGAGUGGAGAAAAGCUCUCUGACAAAGACAUCAUCCCACUGCAGAGGGGAGGAACGGGUUUCGCAGGUGCUGGUAUCGAACUCAAGGCCAAAGAAGCUCGUCCAGUGAUGCAAGUGUGAAAGAUCAUCUCGGAAUUAGUAACGUAUUUUCCGGACUGUAUAGCACAAUUUUAAUACUUUGGCUGAGGUUGUGACUUACAUAAUGUUAAAAAAAUGGAUUUUUACAUUUUGUGAAAUGUUAUACUGUCUGACGAUGGAGUAAAAAAUAACCACAACCAGCCGCGAGAGGGCGCUCUUAUGAUCAAGACGCCAAGCAAUGUUAGUGCUGUAACAGUAUUGACUAUACCGUAUUUAUUAUAAUCUACCCAAGACAGUAUAAUUAGGAUUACAAAGGAUUAUCAGGAUUAUCAAUUUGGAGCAGUUUGAUUGAAUUAAUGAAGUGCUAUUUACGUUUUCAUGUAACAUUUUGUUUCUGAAGUAAUACUUACUAGUGACUGCGCAUGAGCAAAAAAUAGUGGUCACGACAUGGUUCGUUCUCCUCAAAAAAAUUCGACUUAUUGUCCGGUGCGACUUGUGUUUUUUUUCUUUGACACAUUUUUUGACUAGUUUGACUUGUACUCUAGAAUGUUUUAUACUCCGGAAUAUUACCGUAUUUUGGUUUCUAAAAAACUUUUUUUUCCUGUAGUACAUGCUCUCUUAUCCAUGAUCACUAUUUGAACAAUUUUGUUGCUUGUAAGAUUGUCAAUACCAUGCUUUGUUUUCAUAUGAAAUACAAAUAAAGGAACUAUAGUCA